CCUAGCCCGACGACCGCCAUGAUCGCUGACCAAGCCAAGACCAAGAAACACUUCCCCUCCUUCUGGAACACCCUCAAACAUCCCAAGCCCCACACUUCCGCCCUACCACUCCCCACCUCUUACGAAUCACUAACCGACUCGCAGAGAUCGGUCUAUCAAUUCCUGGUCGACUCUCUCAGCUCUCCCGACUUCGAAUUACCAGUAACAACACCUCCAACGGGCUCAGGGGGGGCCCGUCUGCAGCCAUUAAUGGGCAAUGAGCUUCCCAACCAAGGACACUCAUCAUCAUCCAGACGGCUCACACAGUCUGAGAAAUGCUUCUGCUCUAGAGAGGCCAUCUUCAGGGUCUGCAGAGCCGUCAAAUGGGACCCCCAUAGGGCCCUCAAACGGCUCAUCGACACUCUGGCUUGGAGGAGAGAAUUCGAGGUCGAGCGGAUCGAUUAUCGACUGCUUUCAGUCGAGGCCGAGACCGGCAAACAGUUCACACUAGGAUACGACAACCACCAACGCCCGGUCCUAUACAUGUUCCCAUACCGACAGAACACGAAGCCGUCGCGGGACCAGAUCCGGCUGUUGGUCUGGUAUCUCGAGCGGACGAUUGCGCUGAUGCCUCCCGGGGUCGAGUCGUUGACGUUGGUGAUCGACUUUGGCGGGCCGGAUGCCGCCCGAAUCAAGGGCCCCGGUAGUCAACCUACCCCCAUCUCUGUGGCCAAAGAAGUCCUCAAAAUCCUCCAAACUUAUUAUUGUGAACGUUUGGCGCAGGCGAUUUGCAUCAAUGUGCCUUGGAUCUUCUGGGGCUUUCUGAAACUAUUGACGCCGUUUAUCGAUCCGAAAACAGCAGAAAAAGUCUUAUUUGAUCCCGUGGUCUCGGAGCACGUGCCUUCUGAACAGCUCCUAAAAAAGGGUUUCAACGGGACGCUCGAUUUCCAAUACGAUCAUGAGGUUUAUUUCAAGUUAUUUGCCGAGUUGACAGCCCAUCGACAGGAGAAGAUGUUGGCCAGAUAUGCACGAUACGGGAACGGGAAGAUCGGGAUGAGUGAAUAUGUGCUACGGGGCGGCAAUAGUCGGAUGAACAAGAAGGAGGGGCGCCGGGAGCAGUCUGUUGGGACGUCGUCUAGUACGACUGCAAUAAGCCGUCGAUCUGCAACCUCCUCUCCCGCUGUUCUUAAUUUCGGUACUCGGUCGGCUUCUCCGGUCGAUGAUCGAGCUCGCCAAUUAGACGAUUCAGAUACUAGAGUCAGGCCAGAAAAGGAGCCGAAACUGAGUAACGUGGAUCGUCAUCGGCCACCUCCGAUGGACUUAUCAGAUACUUCUACACAUACUUCAAAAGGCUGGUGCGGCUCACCUAAUCAUUUGAAAAACGUCAAACUUGCACCGGCUGGCGAGAGAAUCGCCUCCUCAAGACCUCUGUCUCCUCACUCCUUCUCCUCCUCCCCAUCCCCCAUUGAUCAACAUUCACGCCACUUGGAUGCAAUCAACGAAGAUAAAAAGAUGAGUUCAACCCAAAAGCCUUCGAAAUGUGUGUUUUCGUUCCACUCCAAAAAAACGAGCAAGACUAAUCGAGGAGUGACGACGGAUCCGAUUCCGAGGAGAACUCUCGCGCCAUCCUACGAGACUGCUUCUUCCGCCGUCGUCUCCCGUUCCCUUGCCUCUGCUGCUGCUUCUUCUUCUUCGAACCCACAAGCACGCCCCUCUCUCUCCGCGGGAGCUCGGCCACUUUAUCAACCUUUUUUGGAUGGCGCCCGAAUCGGCCGUCAUGAUCAUGUUCCGCUGGGCUCUCUUCAAGCUGAUAGUUUGGGCUCUAGUCGAAGGAUUCGUAGGAUUUGCUCCUAAUACAUCCCCGCUUCUCCUACCCCUUUUUUUGUCUGGCUUGCAAUCGUACUUGCUGUGUCGCUCUAUCCAGAUCUCCUCAAA